AGCAGGUGGAGCGACGCCCCAGAGGACGGGCCUGUUGAUAAGGUGAUCUCAGAGCGCCUCUCCUCCAGCGCUCCCGCUUCACAGAGCAACCUGAUUUGUUUAUGUCCACAAUUCAAAAUCGCUGCUUUGCCUCGCGCUCUGUCACCGUCCCGCGUCAGUAACAGCCUGUGUGAGUGUCCCAGACAGAUGAGCCGCCCCGUGAGAGGCCAGCGGAGGGGUGUGUGAGCUCUGCGUGUUUCCAACCUGCUGCUAUUAAUACCACCCGCCAAACAUAAUCUGCGGGACAGGUUAUCCUCUUACGUUUGUUGGCAGUGUCCAUAGUAGCAUGUUAGGGCGAGGGAAAGGUCCCGGCCCAUUAACGCUAUAGUGACUGGUAAAACAAAACCGACAUAGAAAGCACAGUUUUGUUUUCUUCCCCUCUGCUUCACUUUCGUUUUUUCCUUCCUGUUCUCUCGCUCCGCUCGGGUUGCCACUGCCAGAGGGCAGGCGCUCUGAGCGCCCGUGUAUGUGUACGUCCCGGCGGUUACAUUAGCGCUGAUCUUUCUCUGGAAGUCUCAUCUCAUCUCAUCUGUCUGUCCCGUCAUGAACACACUCCCAGCAUACUCGGGAGCCAGGAUCUCAGGCUGCUGGUCUCUUAGGGCAGAUGGAAGUGGCGGUGGCGAAGGCUCUCUGGACAGGCUCCUCCCCUCCGUCAACACCGGCCUGUCGCCACGGAAACGAUCCACCAGCCAGUGCAAAUCCGAGCCUCCGCUGCUGCGGACCAGUAAGAGGACCAUCUACACAGCCGGGCGCCCACCCUGGUACAAUGAGCACGGGACCCAGUCCAAAGAAGCUUUUGUUAUUGGGCUUUGUGGAGGCAGCGCCUCAGGCAAAACAACAGUUGCUCGUAAAAUAAUCGAGGCUUUGGAUGUUCCUUGGGUCGUUCUUCUCUCAAUGGAUUCCUUCUACAAGGUUCUGACGCCCGAACAGCAGCUGCUGGCCGCUAAUAACGAUUACAACUUUGACCAUCCAGACGCCUUUGAUUUCAGCCUGCUAGUGCACACACUCCGCAAACUCAAGCAGGGAAAGAGUGUGAAGAUCCCAGUGUAUGACUUCACCACGCACGGACGGCAGAAAGAAUGGAAAACGGUGUAUGGGGCCAGUGUGAUUAUAUUUGAGGGCAUCAUGUCAUUUGCAGAUAAGGAGCUGCUGAAGCUGCUGGACAUGAAGAUCUUUGUGGACACGGAUUCUGACAUCCGGCUGGUACGGAGGCUCAGGAGGGACAUCACAGAGCGAGGCCGUGACAUUGAGGGAGUGAUCAAACAAUACAACAAGUUUGUGAAGCCGGCCUUUGAACAAUACAUCGAGCCCACGAUGAGACUGGCGGAUAUUGUGGUGCCACGUGGUGGCGGCAACAUGGUGGCCAUUGAUCUCAUCGUGCAGCAUGUGCACAGUCAGCUGGAGGAGGUAAGCACAGCACACAUAUGUUGAGAAUAUAUUCAUAUUUAGCAUUUAAAAGCAAUCAAAGAGACUGGGUAGAUGACGGUCCCCAUCUGAUACACCAUUUCAUCGUGGUGGUUCUUGGUUAUCAUGAUUUUCAGGUAUAAUACCGCCCCCUUGUGGAUGAUAUAAUUAACUUAUAAACUAACUGUAGACCAGUGGUUCCAAAAAAAAAAUCCACAAAAAUGUCAGACCCCCUUUUCAACACAAAGCAUUUUCAUCAGUUGCAGUCUGACAUGUUUUUCCGCCCCUUUUGAUUGACAGGAUAUAAUCGGCCGAUUGUGAACAUAAUUGCUUUUAUCCGCCAAUAUCAUACGUGAAUCUCUAAUUUUAAGUU